AUGCGGCCGUCGGACCGCUCCGCGCCGUCGUCCGAUCCCCCCCCGGCUCGGCUCCGCGCCGCGUCCCCGGCCCGGCCUCAAACACACACCGGAAACCAGCAGGGGCACCCGCUCAGGCAGCAGCGCGGGCAGCCUACUCGCGGAAGGACCCCGCAGGCACUGGCGGAGACACCCCACAGCAGCUGCAGGGCCCUGCCUGGCGGAGAGGAGGAGUAUAGAAUUGGACAGCUGUACAUGAUCAGUAAGCAUAGCCAUGAGCAGAGUGACCGAGGGGAGGGCGUGGAAGUCGUGCAGAAUGAACCCUAUGAAGAUCCAAAUCAUGGCAAUGGUCAGCUAACAGAAAAACGGGUCUAUCUCAACAGCAAACUACCUAGCUGGGCCAGAGCAGUUGUUCCCAAAAUAUUUUACAUUACAGAGAAGGCUUGGAAUUAUUACCCAUAUACAAUCACAGAAUACACAUGCUCAUUUUUGCCUAAAUUCUCCAUUCACAUAGAAACAAAAUAUGAGGACAACAAAGGAAGCAAUGACAAUAUUUUUGACAACGAAGCCAAAGAUCUUGAGCGGGAAGUCUGCUUUAUCGAUAUUGCCUGUGACGAAAUCCCUGAGCGCUAUUACAAAGAAUCGGAGGAUCCUAAACAUUUCAAGUCAGAGAAGACUGGGAGAGGCCUCUUAAAAGAAGGCUGGAGGGAGACACACCAGCCGAUCAUGUGCUCCUACAAACUGGUGACUGUGAAAUUUGAAGUCUGGGGACUUCAAACUAGAGUAGAACAAUUUGUACAUAAGGUGGUCAGAGAUAUAUUAAUGAUUGGUCACCGACAGGCUUUUGCAUGGGUUGAUGAGUGGUAUGACAUGACAAUGGAUGAAGUCCGAGAAUUUGAACGUGCAACUCAGGAAGCCACCAACGAGAAAAUUGGGAUUUUCCCACCUGCAAUAUCUAUCUCUAACAUUUCCCUGCCUUCGUCAACCCGUAGUGCUCCUUCUAGUGCUCCAUCCACUCCUCUGUCCUCAGAUGCUCCUGAAUUCCUAUCAGUUCCCAAAGACCGACCUCGGAAAAAAUCUGCUCCAGAAACCCUCACACUUCCAGACCCAGAGAAAAAAGCACUUUAAAUUUAACCUAGCAUGUUUCCUUCUGACAAGCCAUGUCUCCCAGAACAAGAGUAACUUAACAUUUACAAAGCUCGGUGUGGUUGUUUGUUUGGAUUUUUUAAACGAUUUUACCGAUCUAGAAAGAUGAUUUCUUUAACUCAGACUUGUUCCUUAAAAUCC